CUAGUGCCACAUUUGGGCAAAAGCUUAUUUGCAGACACAUGAGAAAGAGUACACUAGGUUACAAAAGAAGCUUAAACUUAAAGAUCCUGUUUAAAAGACGACAGCUGGCUUUCAUCUUUAAAAACAGGCAAACGAACCUAAAAAACAGUUGUUGAGCUUUGUACAUUUGCCAAUGUCUGAAGACAUUACUUAUGCAAGUCUAAAACUCCCAGAAUCCAGAAAGACAGAAAAUAUUCAGGAACUUGACAGGUCUGGAACAAAAGCACUUCCUGCUUCUUCCCGUAUAUGGCGUCAAACAACCUUGAUCUUGACUCUCAUAUGCCUUUUGCUGCUCAUUGGACUAGGAAUCUUAGGAAGCAUGUUGUAUACCACUUGGAAGAUAGAAACAGGAAAACUGAAUAAACUGCAAAAUGUCAAAGAAGAACUUCAGAGAAACAUUUCCAUCCAACUGAUAACUAACAUGAAUAAAUCUGAAAACAUAAGAAAUCUCUCUAUCACUUUGCAAAAUUUGGCCACUAAAUUAUGCCGUGAGCUGAACAGGGAAGAACCAGGGCACAAAUGUAAACCUUGUCCAAAUGGUUGGAUGUGGUACAAGAAUAACUGUUAUUUAUUAUCUGAAAUGUAUCAAACAUGGAAAGAGAGUGAAAUAUCAUGUUCUGCUCAAAAUGCCAGCUUGUUGAAGAUUAAAGAGAGUACUACAUUGGAAUUUGUAAAAUCCAAGAAUUUAUAUAGUUACUGGCUGGGAUUACCUCCAGAAAAAGAUCGCAGAAACUCAGAGGAAGUUGAUAAGAUCAUUGUCUCCUCUGCCAGGAUUAUGAGAAACGUGAAUGACAUAAAUAAGAUGUAUUGUGGAUAUAUAUAUAGAAGCAUGGUUGUUUACAAUCACUGCACUACAAAAUAUUAUAGUGCUUGUGAGAAGAAGGCCAAUCCAGUGAAUGUUGAAAGUGUAGUAAUGAGUGAAGAUCCAGUUAGAAGAAUAUAGUUAAUGGUUUUGUUUCAGAUUGUAUCUUGCAAUGGAAGAAACAUGCAAUUUCUGAAUCAUAAAAGGGAUAAAGAUUUUGCAAUUCA